CCGGCCGCAGUGCGCGCCAUGUCGGUGCUGGGGACGUGCGCCGUCGCUCUGCUGGCGCUCGCCGCGGCCCACCCACAGGGGCCGCCGACGCCGCCCACCGUGCCGCCUUUCACUCCGCCGACCCCUCCCACGCCGCCCACACCUCCCACGCCCCCGACAUACAAGGCGCCGACGGCGCCGACACCGCCGACGGCGCCGACCGUCGGCUGGUUGCCGCCGACGCCUCCAACCCCUCCAACUGUGCCGCCGGACCACACGCCGCCGACGCCUCCGACGCCGCCGACGCCGCCGACGCUGCCGCCGUCGCACACGGUGCCGACGCGGCCGCCGGUGCGUCCCCAGGCGCUGCCAGACCACCUGCGGGAGCGCGGCUGCGGCCGCAGCAGCCUCAUCCAGAAGUGGACCAGCGGCGUGAAGCGCGUCGAGUUCCAGGGAGACCUGCCCUGGAUGGUGGCGCUCGGGUACCGGCGGCGGCGCGCCGGCCGCACCGUCUACCGCUGCUCGGGCGUGCUCAUCAAUGACUACUGGGUGCUGACGGCCGCCCACUGCAUCAAGCGGCGCGGACCUGUGGAGGCGCGCCUGGGGGACAUCGACGUGGCUUCCGACACCGACGACGACCCGGACAUUCCACCGGUGGUGGUGCCCGUGGAGGACGCCAUCCGCCACCCAGACUAUCUGGCCAAGGCGGGCCCUCGCGCCCAGCUGCUGCACGACAUUGGCCUGGUCAAGCUGACCUACUCGGCGCCGCGCAACGAGGUGAUCCGGCCCAUCUGUCUGCCGCUAGCGACGGUGCGGCGAGACGACAUGGCUGAACAGGAGGCCUUCAUCGCCGGCUGGGGCUUCAGGCCGGACACCGGCCGACCGCGUCAGAAGAUGCACUACACCAGCGCCGAGAUCAGCUCGCAUGAAGAAUGCGUGGCUAGCUAUGACGACGACUACAGUGUCACCUACCGCAUGCUCUGUGCCUUUGACUACCCCGGCAUCGAUUCCUGCAAGGACGAUAGUGGAACGCCCAUGAUUCGCCAGUCGCGAAACGGCACCGGCCCCUGGGAAGUGGUGGGCAUCGGCUCCUACGGCCAGGGCUGCGCCGACCCCAAGUACCCGGCCGUGUUCAUGAAGGUGGACACCUACCUGACAUGGAUCAGCAGGACAGUCCUGCUGUACUGACCCGGGUCUGGAGGUCGACCCUGCUCCGCUGACCGGGACCAGGAGGACAGCCUGCUCAGCUGACUGGGACUAGCAGAACGGCCUGCUCUGACCUGGGUCAUUGGGCCGAUCUUGCUGUGCUCUGCUGACCUGCACUGGGAUGACGCUUAAGCAGAUACUGAUCAUUCAUUCAUCAAUAUUUUUGUAAGGUAUUUGAAAAUAAAGACAGCGGUAUAGGCGAAAGGAGGGAUUUCAUGGAGUGA